AUGAUGCGGGACAGCUCCGUGAAGCGGUCCCUCGGGACGGACCUAACCACCAUGGUCAAGACGUCUCGCGUUUUGCUCGUCGGCGCUGGCGGCAUCGGCUGUGAGCUGCUCAAAAACCUCGUCCUGACCGGCUUUGGCGAGAUCCACAUCGUUGACUUAGAUACAAUCGAUCUGAGCAACCUGAAUCGUCAAUUUCUCUUCCGUCAUGAGCAUAUAAAGAAAUCCAAGGCUUUGGUCGCCAAGGAAGUUGCACAAAAGUUCCGUCCUGACGUCAAGCUUGAGGCCUACCACGCGAAUAUCAUGGAUAAAGAAUUCAGCAUCGAUUGGUUUGAAAGUUUCACGGUCAUUUUCAAUGCGCUCGACAACCUUGCCGCGCGGCGCUAUGUGAACCGGAUGUGUCUCGCGGCCGGGGUGCCUCUGAUUGAAAGUGGAACUACAGGCUUCAAUGGCCAGGUUCAGGUCAUUCGCAAGGGCGAAACGGAGUGCUAUGACUGCACCCCGAAAGAAGUACCCAAAACGUUUGCCAUUUGCACCAUUCGCAGCACGCCCUCUCAGCCAAUUCAUUGCAUCGUCUGGGCAAAGAGCUGGCUUCUUCCAGAGCUAUUUGGCACAGGCGAAGACGAAGCGACAGAAAUCCAAGCCGAUGAGAAUACGGAUAAUGCAACCGAAAUUGCGGAACUGCGCAAGGAGGCAUUUGACAUGAGGGAGCUCCGAGAAGCAUUGGGAACCGACGAAGGAUACCGAAAGGUUUUCCAGAAGAUUUUCGGCAAGGACAUCGAACGCUUGAAAAAUAUGGAGGAUAUGUGGAAGACACGUCAGAAACCACAGCUCCUUGACUUUGAAGUCCUCGACCAGAAGCUCUCGUCUAUUGAUCCAGCUAUUGCCACCAAAGACCAAACAACAUGGACCGUGGAGGAAAACUUUGCUGUUUUCCGGAAUAGCUUCAAUCGGCUGAGCAAUCGCCUCAAGGAACUACAAGCUGAGACAGAUGGUGGCGAGCCCCCGAUUCUAACGUUUGAUAAAGAUGAUGUGGACACCUUGGACUUCGUUGCAGCGACGGCAAACCUCCGAGCCAUUGCUUUCCAUAUUGAAACGAAGUCCAAAUUCGACGUUAAGCAAAUGGCGGGUAACAUUAUCCCGGCUAUUGCUACCACAAAUGCGAUGACGGCCGGACUUUGUGUACUUCAAUCAUUCAAAGUACUGCAGCAGGAUAUGGUGCAUGCCAAGACGGUGUUUUUAGAGAGGUCCGGUGCUCGUGCCAUCAACUCGGAGUCCUUAAAUCCUCCGAACCCCGAUUGCCCUGUCUGUUCGGUGCCUCAGAUCCGAGUGGAAAUUGAUCCCGAAGUGGCAACCGUGAAUGAUCUAGUAGAAGGGGUUCUCCGAAUGGAGCUGGGUUAUAGCGGGGAAAUCUCCCUUGCUAUUCCGGGUCAAGUGAUCUACGAUGUGGACUGCGAGGAUAAUCUGGAGAAGAAGUUAUCGAAUUGGGGCAUCAGAAAGGGUUCCUUCCUCACGGUAAAGGAUGACACAAUUGAUGACGAGAAAGACCUGCGCGUCGACAUCGAGAUCAUCAUAGUUGAGCAAUCCAAAUCCUCUUCCAACGGUGCCAUGGAGGUCGAGGAUUUCAAGCCUGCAAAGCUGCAGAAAUUAAUCGACAUUCCCCUGCAACCCAAGCCUCAGCUGGCGGCGCAACCCAGUCCUGAGCCUGCCGCAUCUACCAAUGGCGAUAGUGUUACUGGAAAGCGCAAGCGAGAGGGUUCAAGCGACCUUACGAACGAGCACAAUGCCAAACGCAUCGCUAGUACAUCCGUGAACGAGCCUAUCGUUCUUGAUGAUGACGAUGAAGGCGCCAUCACGAUUGAUGACUAG